UUUUCCCAAAUUUCCCCCCUAAAACCCCCAACUUUAUCAUUCUUCUUCUUUCCUCUAGUACACGGGGCUUUGCACACGACGAACACCGUGAAACAUCGACGGAGACGCUCCACCAUUAAAUCCAUGUUUGGCAAACAUCGAGCUUCGAUAAUUUUCAAAUCAAGGUCGCCAUGCAAAAAUACAACAGGAUUCGAAGCAUCUUCCCCCAGUGAAUCAAAUCGAGAAAUAAAGAAAAAUUAUUCAAAUACGGUCAAUGAGAAAAAAGAAGAUGAUAAAUAGCAAUGUAAAAGGUAGGCAAGUGAUUGGGUUUAAUGUAGAGGCUCUACAAUACAACAACAUCAAGUUUCAAGUUUCAAUAAUACGGAUAGGGAUGGAACUUGUGAGAGUUUGUCUUGAAGAAAAGAAUGAUGAUAUUUCAUCAGUUCCACCAGGUUUCGAGCCUCGUGCAUUGUUUACCUUAAAGAGUGAGGCACAGGAUACUAAAAGACAUGAGCGUGAUAAUUUGAUCUGUUGUUCAGCCUCUGCUAGAGUCAUUCUAGUUGAAAAGGGAACUGGGUUAGCCAAUGAUGAAAGUUCAAAGAUUACAAUGUCAAUGUCUAUGAGACGUCGACCUUGGAUAAACUAUGGUCAAUAUGAUAACAGUUCAGAAGAUGAACCCAAUCAUGGAAAGCUCAAUCAAUUGAACAAGAGAAUAGGACAAGCAAGCAAAGUUUCCGAUAAUGAAGUGGAACAAGUGUUGAAACAGGUAACUGCAAGAUGGCGUCCAGAAGAGGCAUGUCGGCCAGAUAUUGAGGAUGUACCUGUGCUCUACCCAAUAGACGAGGAGUUUGAAGAUACUUUGAAAUAUAUAGCCAGCAUACGACCAAGAGCAAAACAAUAUGGAAUCUGUCGCAUUGUUCCUCCAUCUUCUAAAAUGAACAAAGAAUGUGAUACGAUACUUGUUAAUGAAGAAUCCUACUUAUAGCAUCAUAGUGCUUGUGAAUUACAGUGUUUAUAGUGAUUAACACUUUUCUGCUCCACUGUUAGUGAAUUAGAUAGAUUUACUCCCUAUUAUACCUAUAUCUAAGUUGAAAUUAUAUAUGCCUUUGCAUUCCAAAUAUGAAAAAUUGGAAAUUAGGCAUAGCCUAUUGAAAUUGGUGUUUUGAUAUGAAUGUGUUAUGCUUCUGUUUGUGCAAAUCUAUAUCGUACCAUGGUAGGAUAUUCAACAUUUGAGUUUGUGUUGAACAAAUAUGCAAUGGAAGUGUUUUGCAGGAUUAUCAAAGGAAUUCUCACCAAUAAGGUUUGUUUUACAUGAUUCUUUUAUGUGCAAUUGUUUUUACUAUCAAAUUCAUGCUCAUAUUUUAGUUUAAUAGCUUUUCAUUUUUGAGAUGGUUAUAAUGGGGGUUUUAUUCUACCAAUCAGUUGGUGGGUCUUUUUUUUUGUCCUUUUUUAUUUUCUGCUUUUUUUUCCUGGUUUUGUAAUGGUGAAUGCAGUAUGGUUGAUGGUUUUACAGGGGAAGAUGUUCUAUUAAUGGGUAUUUACAGUUGAAGAGUGGUAAGAAUGGUAAGUCCCAUGAAAGGAGUGGACAAGAGACAAAUCAACAGAUGUGAAAUUAUAAAUACCAGCUUAAGCAAGAAGAUUUAUAUCUCAUUCUCAUGCAACAUGCUACCACUUGGGUGAUACAGGUUAAAAAGUUGCAGCAGCAGUUGCAGGAAGAGACCGAUUUACACUUAGCUCUAGCAAGUGCUGUUGAACAUUGUGGUUCACCUUCUUCUAGUUCUCCAGGCAAGCUUCCGGAUAAGCAAGCAUUACACCAGGGACUGUGUUGAUUUUAUUGGCUGGAAGGUUUAUGGGGAAGAGAGUUGUUUUCUUGAAGCAACUUACUUCUGGGCUCCUUUUGGUCACCGGUGGGCAUUACAUAUUUUACUGCUAUCCUUGUUUCGUCAUUGAUUUGCUUACUGCUUUAAAAUAUUGGAUGUAUGAUAUAUGUUAUUCAAUUGCGAGCUGGAGAUAUGAACAUGUUUGUUAAAACCCUUGUUAUUGAUUUCUGCAGUAUUACUUCCAUAGUUUCUCA